AUUCUGUGGGUAUUGCUGGAUGACAGACAUGGAGUCCAGCAGAUUGGACGUGGAGCUCAAGGGAAUUGAACGUGAAUAUCACACAGAGGACCAAAGGGGAAGGUGCAGACUUCAACCUUCAACAGGACUCACCUCUACAGCUUCCCUGACACGGGCUCAGUCUCUGAAGGCCUCCAGCGCGGGAAAACCUGUUGCUUGGUCAAUUGAAGAAAAAGCUGCUAAAAGUGCUUUCGGAAACAUGAUGAAUCCUGAGGUUUUUACCCAGGGGGAUGUUAAGCCCCCAGAGCCAAGCUCUACCAAAUCUGCUUAUUCCAGAGAAGACAGGUCCAUGGGCGAUCUAAAAUACUUCUCCAAAAGGGACGUCAUUACAACAGACGAGGAAGGUGAUGAGAGGGAGUCACUGGGACUGCCCGAGCCAGAGCUGCAGGACUAUAUUGAGCGGGUUUAUGGCGUGCAGGAAUGGCCCGAUGGUUGCGUAUACAAGGGGGAAUUUGGGCUUAACAUGAAACUUGGAUUUGUAUUCGAAUGGAGCAAUGGUGAGGCAUACAAAGGGCAAUUUUAUAAGGAUCAUCGUCAUGGCAGAGGUACCUAUACUUGGCCUGAUGGUUGCACUUUCACAGGGACAUUUUAUAUUAGCCACAGAGAAGGAUAUGGCACCAUGUACUUAAAAAACAGAGUAUUUCAGGGAUUAUACAGGGCCGAUGAACGAUUUGGACCAGGAAUAGAGUCGUAUGCAGAAGGCUGUCAGGACGUUGGAUGGUGGUUCCGGGAACACAUAAUUAAAUUGUGCACCAAAGUCCCUGGUGCUUUCACCAUUUUGGAUUAUCCAGAGUACAAACCCUUUCUUUCUUCUGAUUCUGUGAAAGUGUGUCUUUCUGAAGAGGAGCUGGCAAAGUGGAACCUGAAUGAGGAGGAGGACCCCUUUUUUUACGAUUACAAGCGGCUGCUUUUAAAUGACAAUUUAACGCUACCACCAGAAAUAUACAUUUAUUCCACCGAUAACAAGCAUCAUCCCAUGACUGCAUCGAGCAAAAAAGACUUUGAUUUCUAUUUUUUGGCACCUAAGUUUCAAAUCUUUGAUGAUGAGGACAAACUUUGUUUUGUUAUAAACCAGACUCCUUUGCUGCUUAAAAUACAAAAGCACGCUUGCAGAUUCAGGCACAGUCAGCCUCUGUUCAGGCAGAGUGUUCAUGAUAUCAUGAAUGGAAACCGUGGUAACUUUGGCUACCAGGGUCCCAAAGAAGGGUUUGCCAAGGAGCUGAUCAUGGCGGCCGAGAAGGGAGAAUACGAGCACGUCUAUGAGAUUCUCCGUGAUGAUCUGGCCCUGGCUGAUGUAGGGGACUGUGGGGGAUUCACCGCGCUGGCUGGAGCAACUAUUCAUUGCCACAAUGCCAUCAUCAACCUUCUUCUCGACAACGGGGCCAACGUGAACGUGUGCACGGACGAGGGCGUCACGCCUCUGUGCAUGUGCUUCAUUCUCUGUUACUCAGAGGAGAUGUUUAAGCCCAAUAUUGCCGAGAGAAACUUGGACAAGCUCACGGGACUACCUUCGAGACUUAUUCCAUCUGCUGCUCUGUCUGAAGUGAAAUCACCUGGCCCAAAUCUGGAAACAGCUUCUCAAUGCUCCACUGCGUUAGAAGUAAAGAAACCUUUGGAAAACGUGGCCAGUAAUAUGGACAAAGUUGCUUCUUCAAUCUUUAAAGAGCAUGCUGAGUUGAAGCAGACUAUUCAUAAGGAUGAUGAAUUGGGGAUGGCCUCACUUGAAAAAUCAUGUCCCAGAGCAUCCACCAGGAUGCCUGAGGAGAUAUGGAUGAAUUUUGAUAGGUCCACGCAACUGAGUGCCACGACCAAUUUUGAAUCGAACAUUGGUGUCCACAGCUAUCCCAUAGAGAUCUCCCAGGACAUUAUGGAGAAGAUGGCCGAUGCCCACACCAUGAUGAGAGUUGCUUCCUUUGAAAGUGAAGACACAGAUCCAGGAACUGUGAGGAAAAUGGCACUGUCUGUGAUAGAACACAAAUUCAGAUGGUCGACGAUCCAGUUACUGCUGCAGCGAGGGGCAGACCCCAACUAUUGCCAAGUGCCUAUGCAUGUUCUUUUCUUUCCCGUUAGAGCUGCAGAUGUGGCUGGAGUUCAGCUCCUCCUGGAGCAUGGCGCAAGGACUGAUGUCCGCUUCCCAUCAAAGAUGAGAGGGCUCACUCCUCUUCACAUCGCAGUAUCCCUGCCUGAGGAGGCCGGCGUCAAAAUCACAGAGUUACUGCUGCAUGCUAUCACUGACCCAGAUGUGAGAGCUGAAGAUCAGGGCGAGAGAUACAAGUUACACAAGUUUGACACUUUAAUGUCAAGCAUGAAACUCAAUAAUGAGCCUGGACCACCAACGACAUAUUACACCCCAUCUAAGUUGAUUCCUGAAGAAGGCGGGAGAACCCCUUUACACGUUGUGUGUGAGAGAGAGGAUAACUUCAAGUAUGCAAGGGACAUCAUACGUCUCCUGCUAACUCAUAAAGCGAAUCCCAAUUCCUUGUGGAGUGGUCAUUCUCCGCUCUCCCUGUCCAUCGCCAGUGGGAAUGAUCUGGCGGUGAAUGAACUUCUCCUCUGGGGAGCAGACCCAAAUCUAGCCUUAACUGAGGGGGUGGGCAGCGCUCUCUGCGCUGUGGCCAACCUCGCAUUUGAGCAAAAGAGAUCCGUGGAUGGCAAAAUCGCUUUGAUUGACAGACUCAUUCAGUUUGGGGCUGAUAUCCUGAUUCCAAUUAAACUAGUCCAAGGAGAAAGAUCCGCCGUGGGGACUGCUGUGGAUUAUGCAUACUUCAAGUUCUUCCAGGACAGGCGGAUAGCGCACACUCCUUUACACUCGCUGUCGUCGUCAGAGCGAGAAACACUGGUGCUGCGUAAAAAAUUGUUGGAGCACAUGGGCAUUCGGCUCCGCAAAGCCGUCCUGGACAAAGAGGACCAGUGGGAUCGGAAGCAGCUGCUGCUCUCCAAGAAGGUGGAAUUAACCUCUAGGUCCAAGAAGAAGAAUAAUGUCUUGUCUGCUAAAUCAUCAGAAGUAGAAUCCAGGAUACCCUUCUUCAAGUUUUGCUACCAGUGUGGUCGCUCCAUAGGGGUACGGCUCACGCCGUGUCUUCGAUGUUAUGGAAUUUUAACCUGUAGCAAACACUGUAAGGCAAAAGCCUGGAAUGAGUCCCACAAACGAGAAUGUGGCGCAGUAAAAGGGGAAACCUUUUUGACCAGUUCCAAAAGCAAGGAAGAGGUCAGGAAGGGAAAAGAAAUGGCUUCGAAAGUCCUGAGAGAUGUCAAGGGUCUAAACAGCAGCCCGAAAAGCGCAAAAAAAGACAUUGACCUGAAGAUGAAAAGCCUCUUGAAAACUGGAGCAUUCACACAGCCAAAAGAGUGUCCUUCUCCCCCAAGCUCGCCCCCAUACACGGAAAAUUACAGUUUCAACUGAUGUUCUGGUACUAAAGAAAAGUGUAUGUGCUGAGUA